AGUCGGCAAAAGGCGGCACACGGCGCAGACCAUGCCCGGGUUCACGUGUUGCGUGCCAGGCUGCUACAACAACUCUCACCGGGACAAGGCGCUCCACUUCUACACCUUCCCGAAGGACGCGGAGCUACGCCGCCUCUGGCUGAAGAAUGUGUCCCGGGCCGGCGUGAGCGGCUGCUUCAGCACUUUCCAACCCACCACGGGCCACCGCGUCUGCUCCGAGCAUUUCCCCGGCGGGCGCAAGACCUACCUGGUGCGCGUGCCCACCAUCUUCCCCCUGCGCGGCGUCAACGAGCGCAAAGGCCAUCGCGGGGCCAGGCGCGCCCGCCACGCCCCCGCGGCCGCUUCGGGCACCGCCGCCGCCGUGGCUGCGGCCGCGGCCGCUCAGGCAGCAGUCUUGCUCACGCUGCAGCAGGAGGGAGGAGCCGCCGAGGUUGGGCCGGGCCUCCGAGCAGCGGCGGCGGGAGGUGGGGGCGGCGGCGGCGGCGGCACCACCAGCGGCGGCGGCGUUCCCGGGGAAGAUGUCAAGCCGAUCGACCUCACGGUGCAGGUGGAGCUCGGGGGUGCCGCAGCGGCCGCUGCAGCCGCCAUGGUGGGGGCUCCCAUGAGGCUGGCCUUCCUGGCGGACAAUGGGCCACUGGUGGACAGUCCGCCCGACCACUCGUACUCACUCUCUUCGGGCACCACGUCAGAGGAGCUCCUGCGCAAGCUGAACGAGCAGCGAGACAUCAUCGCCCUGCUGGAGGUGAAGAUGAAAGAGAUGAAGGGCAGCAUCCGCCGCCUCCGCUUGGCUGAAGCCCAGCUCCGUGAGGAGAUCCGAGAGAAGGACCGCCUGCUGCAUGCUGCGAGCUUGGGGGGGCCAGCCCGCAAACGCCAUGGCCUCUGAGACCUGCCCAUUCCCCCACCUUUCCAUCUGGUUAGGUGCUUCAGUUACGAAGGGCAUCAGACCAGGCACAAAUGGACUCACCUGGAAUUUGGUGGCAUACAGAGGCAGCAGUGAAAAUGCAGGGGAACAAACUUGGCAAGAUGGGCAGGAAGCUUAUUGCAAGGGCAAACAGAGCUGUUCUGCCUGGUGUGGUAUUACCUGCCCAAGUUAUGUUUCUGGUCUCUCUACAUUGGAUCUACACCUCUGUAGACAGAGACUGCCAGUUCUUAACCAACUGCUGACAGUAUUUUCUUCCUCUGAAAGGAAGUCCUGUGAGCUGGUCCUGCUUUGCUCUGUGAGCUGGUCUGCACUUGACUGGACUCACAUGCUGCCGUUCAUGUGUAUUCCAGCAAGAACUACCCACCAAGACUUGGCUACAUUUUAAAAAAAGACAAUCUGGGUUAUUGGUUGCCAGCUGACUCUGUAACUCCUGAUAUUAUGUACCUUUCAAAGCAGACAGUAGCUGUGGUCUCAGUGGUAUUGAUUCUGUGGGAACUGAUCCAUUUCUAAUACCACUGGAAAAAUAUCUGGAGUAAAGCUGGAUGUUUCACUAAAUAAGUGUAGGACUAUGAACUCAUGGCACCAGCAAAUCACAUAGUACAAAGCUAAUUUUGAGGAAAAAUGGGUUACUUUUUAGACAAGCACACUUGAGUUAUAAACUAUUUACUCUGGAGUAGUCUAACUAAAGUCCUACUGGUAAUAAUGGCAUUGUACCAGGAUUAUUCUACAGUUAAUAACUUGUUGAUUAACGCCUUAGCAAUUAUAAUCAUCAGUGCAUUUCAUUUGUCCUGCUAUAUAGAAGAGAAAAUAAUGGGUUCCACUCCCUCCCAGCCAUAGGCAAUAUACUGAUACGGAGUAUGUCAUUUCUGAUGUCAUUUCUUAUCAGUUAAAGAGGCAAUGGGAAUGUGUAUUUCCUAUCCCUGCGUUGCAGUUGUAAUUGCUGUUUUGUCUUAUUUUCUCUUCUUAGUUGAUACGGAAAACGGCGGCUGUGCCAUAUGUGGAUGGCGCCAUGUCCUUCAUGGCAUUCAGGAAUUGCUUCUUGUUUCAUUUCUGCAAAUACAUGAUUUUCUCUGGUGUAAACCAACACUGUGUGACAUACUUCCUUUCUCACUCUCGUGUUCUGAGGUGCAAUCUGGCUAGCACAGGAGGACUGAGAUUAAUUUCUAGAGACUGCAAUUCCUUUCGAGAGCCUGGGAAACAUCAUACUACAAGCACAGCGUUCAAACAUAGCAGAUUUCAUUGCAAUUCCAUGUGCCUCAGAUGGGAAACAAACUGCAGGCACACUGGCUACAGAAUGUUGCGCCUGGGUCAGGUUUGGUCACACAAUUUCCACUUUGUUCUGUGUGCAUCUGUUGAGAUCUCGGACAACAUGCUAGUUUUCUUUCUUUGUAAAUAAGACUGUGCAUUCUAGCUGGCUGAGAGUGUUUUGAAGGUGUGCAUCGUGACAGUUGUGGUACUUUUCUACCGACAUUAUGCACUAAAAUAUGUUCAGUUAAUUGGAUUGCUGGACUGGUUAUUUCUUGGACUGUUCUAUUUUCCUGGUUAUCCUGAGGUGCUAACAAACAUGCUUAAUCUGAAUAAAAUCUAUUUUGUUUUGUUA